AUGCUGAGCAAGGAACAGGUCUCACGUGUGUUCUGGCCGCCGCCUGCUCAAGACCAGAACCUAGCGCAGAUAGACCCAACUUUUUCCGAGAAGAUUCUCACGCGGAGAAUGCCUGUCUCCUCAGCGGAACCGGAGGUUCAGCCUGUAGAGGAUGUGGAAGACGAGAUGGUGCAAGCAGAGGCCAAAGAGGUGGUGGCGACCACAAAGGCUCGAAUCCCCUCAGCCUCACUUUGCAAGCUCUUCUCCAUGAUGGAUGCCACGGAUGCUCUGGUGCUUUUGGUUGGCAUUUUGGGAGCAGUCGGUAAUGGAAUCUCGCAGCCUUUGUUGUGCAUUGUCUUCGGCGCAGCCUCCCUGACGCCGGAGAUGCUGCUUACUGCCAUGGACAACCUCAUGGGACAGAUGGAGGACUUGUGUAUCACCAUGAUGUUGGUGGGAGUCGGUGCCACCAUUGCUGCAGCCUUGCAGGGGGCCUGCUUCAAGAUCUUUGCUGAGAAGCAGGCCUUCAAGUUCCGCAUCCUUUACUUCGAUGUCGUGUUGCACCAAGACGUCAGUUGGUAUGACACCAGGGAGAUUGCGGCACUGCCCUCAGAGAUCAAUGAUGAUCUAGAGAAGAUCCAGGAUGCAUUCGGUGACAAGUUCGGGAGUGGCGUCAUGGCCUUCUCAGCCUUUGCCGGAGGCUUUGCCUGUGCCUUCGGCAUGGGCUGGCUCAUCGCGCUGGUGAUGUGCUCCAUCCUUCCAUUCAUGGGUGUAGGAGCCGCCUUCAUGGGAAAGGCCGUGCAGGAGAUCCAGAAUGAGUCUCAAAGCUGGUAUGCCAAGGCCUCCGCAGUUGUGGAGGAGUGCCUGCACGCCAUGCGCACCGUGGUAGCCUUUGGCGGUGAGCAGCGUGAGCUGAAGAAAUUUGCGGGAGCACUGGUGGAGACACGCCGUGGCGGUGUCAAGAACGGGUUCAAGGUUGGUGCUGGCAUGGGCUACACCAUGAUGAUCGUGUUCUUCGGCUAUGGCUUGGCCUUCUGGUACGGCAUGACGCUCCGUUACAAUGAUGAGAUCAACCCAGCCACUGGCCAGCUCUGGCAGCCGGGGACCAUUAUGGCCAUCUUCUUUUGCAUCUUCAUUGGGAGCUUCAUGAUCGGAAACCUUGAUCCCAGCUUGAAGGCAAUGAAGGCUGCUCAAACAGCAGCGGGACGGUUCUUCAAGGCCCUGGAGAACAAGCCCAGCAUCCAGUGCCGGCUGAAGGACGAGCGCGAGGAGCUAGAGACCAUUGAAAAGUUUGAGUUCGAGUCUGUGCACUUCACUUAUCCCGCAAGACCAGAUGUAAAGGUCCUGAAUGGUCUUUCCCUCAGCAUCCAGCGUGGCCAGAAAGUAGCCGUGGUGGGCGAGUCUGGCUCCGGGAAGUCCACGGUCAUGGCGCUGCUGGAACGCUUCUAUGAUCCAGAUGCCGGGUCCGUGCUGGUAAACGGCAAGGACAUGCGAAGCUUCAGGAUCACAUCCUUGCGGCGCUGCAUUGGUUAUGUCGGGCAGGAACCUGUGCUCUUCGCAAGCUCUAUCCGCCACAAUAUCAUGCAGGGCAAUCCCACUGCAAGCAAAGAGGAGUUUGCCAAGGCCUGCGCAGAUGCGCAGCUGAACUUUGUGGAGAACCUGCCCAACAAAUACAACACUUUCGUGGGCAGCGGCGGCGGCCAGCUGUAUGGUGGCCAGAAGCAGCGCAUCGCCAUUGCCCGGGCCUUGCUCAAGAAAGCCUCCUUCCUUUUCCUAGAUGAGGCGACGAGCGCCUUGGACAACACGUCUGAGAAGAUGAUCCAGGCAACCAUCGACAACAUCAGUGCCAACACGAAUGAUGGCCUGGGCAUCGUGAGCAUCGCGCACCGCCUCAGCACUGUGCGAAACUCUGACCUCAUCUAUGUCCUCAGCCGUGGCACCCUAGUGGAGAAAGGAAACCAUGCCGCCCUCAUGGAGAAGAAGGGCACCUACUAUGCACUUGUGGCUGCGCAGGAAUCCUCCUACAAGGCAGAUGAGGAGGAACUGGAGACGAACGUCGUCCAGGACCAGACGUUGCAGAUGGUGAAGCGAGCGUCCACCAACUCUGGAGAGUCUGAGACUCAGCGUGUGAAGAGGGAGAAGCAGCAGGAGGCUAACCGAGAGAAAGACAUUGCCAAGAACUACAAGGUACCAAUGCGCCGACUUCUGAGCUACAACCGCCCAGAGUGGCCUUUCUUUGUGCCCGCAAUUCUUGGAGCCAUUGUGGACGGCUCGGCCAUGCCCGUGUGCACCAUUGCCCUUGUUGGCUCUAUGGAGGGCUUUUACAAGCCAGACAAGGAGGAGAUGAGAUCAGACCUGGAGCAGAUGGUUUUGAUCUUCGUCAUCAUCGGCGUCAGCGCGUUUGUCGGCUCAACCGUCUCUCACGGCUGCUCUUCAAUUCUGGGCGAGGCCAUGACGCAGCGCCUCCGUGUAGCCAUCCUCACUGGCAUGUUCCGUCAGGAGGUGGGCUUCCACGACGACCCAAGCAACACUCCUGGGAUGCUUUCGAAGGCUUUGGAGCUGUGGGCCUUCCGCGUGGCGGCACUGUGCAAGUCCGUGCAAGCCAAAGCCGCGGCCAUGAGCUCCUUGGUGGUGGGUCUUGUGAUUGCCUUCGUGUACUGCUGGCAGAUGUCUCUGGUGAUGUUAGGCUCCGUUCCUAUCAUGGUGGCCGCCAACGCUCUGCAGAUGCUUGUGCUCCUGGGGGCCUCAAAGAGCGAGAACGAAAACAUCACCAAUGCCCAGCAGAUUGUGGUGGACUCCGUGAUGAAUGCCCGGACCGUCCAAGCACUGGGCGUGGAGAAGUCUUUGGUGACCAUGUACCUUGGCUGGGUAGAGAAGUCGAUGCAGGGCAUGUGGAAGCGCAACAUCCUGGCUGGCAUGGGCUUUGGCGUUGCAAACGGCAUCAUGUUCUUUAUCCUGGCUGGGGGCUUCUACAUUGCAUCCUUUCUGAUCAAGGAAGGUGUCGCAGACUUCCAGGGUGUGAUGAUGGCCUUCAUGGGCAUCUUCUAUGCCGGUAUGGGUGCCGGCCAGGCAGCCGUCAUGGUCGGCGAUGCCACCAAGGCAAAGGUGGCUUGCCACGACAUGUUCAAGUUGAUGGAUCGUGUGUCUGCUAUUGAUGGCUUGGAGCCCGUUGGGGACACGCCGAAGAGUCUGCUGGCCGGCAAGAUUGAGUUCCAGGAUGUGAAGUUCUUUUACCCCUUCCGGCCAGAGGUACAGGUGCUGAAGGGCAUCACUUUCAGCAUUGAAGCUGGCCAGUCUGUGGGUUUGGUAGGGCCUUCUGGUAGCGGGAAGAGCACGGUUAUGUCGCUCAUCCAGCGCUUCUACGAUCCUCAGGAGGGUCAGGUCUUCAUCGGCGAGCAGCGCGUGCCCUUGAGCUCCGUUAAUAUCCGCUGGUGGAGAAAGCAGAUCGGCUUUGUGGGGCAGGAACCCAUUCUCUUCAACACCACGGUGCGUGCCAACAUCAUGUACGGCCUGGAUGAGAAUGAGACCGUCACUGAAGACUACGUCAACCAGUGCGAGAAGAUGGCUAAUCUUGCCUUCCUCUACAAGAACGGGAACAAGGGCCUGGAGACGGAGGUAGGUCCUCGAGGAGGUCGGCUUCCAGGUGGCCAGAAGCAGCGCGUGGCGAUCUGCAGAGCAUUGAUCCGCAACCCGCCAGUGAUGUUAUUGGAUGAGGCAACCAGUGCCCUGGACACGCAGAGCGAGGCGAUCGUGCAGAAAGCUCUAGAGGCUGCUCGAGAAGGGCGCACUUCCUUCGCCAUUGCUCAUCGGCUGUCCACAAUUCAGGGCUGCGAUGUGAUUCUGGUGAACGCUGACGGCCGGGUGGUGGAGAAAGGCAACCAUGAAGAGCUGAUGGAGCUGAAGGGGGUCUACUACAAGCUGCAGAUGCAGGCACAAAAGUGA